AUGCAAAGUCUGGACUCUGGAGCACGGUGUGGUUGUGUCAGUGUUAUUCACGAUUUCCCCCUGCUUGUCCAGAAAGGCGACGGCGUCAAGCUUGCGAAGCUGUCAAGUGAAAAUCAAGAAUCGCAUCAUGUCUGGCGCGACCUCAAAUGGUUGUUCCCACAUCCUCGCACAGCUAGCUUAAGCGAAAGCAUGCGAGCAUGGCGAGCUACUCCAGCGCGCCUUAUUGACCUGUCAGGACCACAAUUCACUUUGGAUGCACUUCAACACAGCCCGCACGGGCCUAGCCCUUCAGAAGCACAGCGUCCAAUCCCGGACCAGGCCGAGCGGCAAGCAUGCUCAGUACCAAGGCCGCAACGUGAUCAAAUCGGAGGACCUUCUACUGUAGCAUAG